AUGAGGCUGGGCGGAGUGGAGCGCCUUCCGAGAGGCUGGGCCCCAGCGGCGUCCCACUUGGCAGGGCUCCCACCGGUUCUGUCGGCUCCCCGACCCCGCCCUCCCUCAGCCGUUCUAACUCUCGCACUUGGAAGGCAACGGUCAGCGUACGUGCCUGGAACCGGAGCCGGCGUCUCCGAGAUGGGCCCCGAGGACUCCCACCGCCGCGGACAGGCAACUGCCCUCGGACCCCCCGGAGACCCAGGCAGUGACGGGCUGUGGCCCCCCGGCCCCCGUCCCGCGCGCGGCAGCAAGAGCGUGAACCGCCAGGAGGAGGCCCACGCCGCCCGCCCGCGGCCGGAAGACCUCAGGCGGCCGCAAGCCCACGCCUGGCAGCGGACCGUGCCGCGCGGGAGCUCCGGGCGCCCUAGGGCGGAGGCGGGGCCGGAGGCGGAGGCCGAGGCGCCGCGAGACCCGCCGGGCGCCGCGCACGUCGGGACCGCCCUGGCCGGGCUGCGCGCGGAGCUGCUGGAAAUGCAUUUCCCAAACCACCAGCUGGCCAAAACUUUACUGGAUUUAAACAAGAAAAUGCAACGACUGAAAAAGGAGUAUGAACUGGAAAUUGCUUCCGAAUCUCAAAGCUCUGAACAUAACGUUGGGAAUCUGGAAUAAGGAAGUGCACACUGGAAGAUCUGAACCCUAAAAACAA